AUGGAGGAACUCUAUGCAUCUGUAAGACAGGUAAACACAGAAAAAGUAAAAGAAAUUCUAUAUGGCGAAACAUUGAUAUCCGAACAACAGGAUGAUCUUUUUAAUGUUCUCAUUGCUGGGUUAUUGGAGAAUCCAUCACGCGUGGCUGAAGCAACCAAACUCGUCUAUUUGUUAAGGAAUGCUGGAUUGAAUGUCAACCAACCAGAUGUAAAGGAUGGUUCCAUUGCAUUGCUGACUUAUUUUCAAAAUGCAGUCAAAAUAGAUGCAGGCUUUGUGGAGGCCCUUCUGCGUUGCAAUGCAGAUGUCUAUGCAGUUAACCAUAAUGGCAUCAAUGUACUUGAUGAACUUGCCAGAAAUAAGUCUUCCUUGCAAAACAAUGUGAAAGAGAUUUUUGAGAAGUAUAUGCCUGGAAUGUGGAAUGCUGUAGAGAAUGAUGACCUGAUGAGUGUUCGACGUUUGGUGAAUCAGUGGUGUAGAACUGACAUCGAAAAGAAUGGGAAAACCUUGGUCCAACUGUCUAUUGAACGUGGGGUGGAAAACAUGGACCGUUUAGUUGGAGAGAUUAAUUCAUCGAUGGACUUGGCUCAUGGUGUACUGGCUGAUGAUAUCACACUUGUGAAUGAAGUCAUUGACUCCAAGAAACCAAUCAAUAUCAACUUCAGAAAUGGGAUAUCAGGUUUAGAAUAUCAAAUCAGGAAUUGCAUUUCUGAAAUUAAAUAUUACUUCUUUUCCUAUUCUUUUUUUUCUUUCUUUCUUUGUUCUUUUUUUUCUUUCUUUCUUUGUUCUUUUUUUUCUUUCUUUCUUUGUUCUUUUUUUUCUUUCUUUCUUUGUUCUUUUUUUUUUUCUUUGUUCUUUUUUUCUUUCUUUGUUCUUUUUUUCUUUCUUUGUUCUUUUUUUCUUUCUUUGUUCUUUUUUUCUUUCUUUGUUCUUUUUUUCUUUCUUUGUUCUUUUUUUUUUUCUUUGUUCUUUUUUUCUUUCUUUGUUCUUUUUUUUUUCUUUUCUUCUUUCUUUUUUUUUCUUUUUCUUUUUUUUUCUUUUUUUUCUUCUUUUUUUUCUUUCUUUGUUCUUUUUUCUUUCUUUUGUUCUUUUUUCUUUCUUUGUUUUUUUUUCUUUCUUUUUCUUUUUUUUUUCUUUUUCUUUUUUCUUUCUUUGUUCUUUUUUUCUUUCUUUGUUCUUUUUUCUUUCUUUGUUCUUUUUUUCUUUCUUUGUUCUUUUUUUCUUUCUUUGUUCUUUUUUUCUUUCUUUGUUCUUUUUUUUCUUUGUUCUUUUUUUCUUUGUUCUUUUUUUUCUUUGUUCUUUUUUUUCUUUGUUCUUUUUUUUCUUUGUUCUUUUUUUUCUUUGUUCUUUUUUUUCUUUGUUCUUUUUUUUCUUUGUUCUUUUUUUUCUUUGUUCUUUUUUUUCUUUGUUCUUUUUUUUUUCUUUCUUUUUUUUUGUUCUUUUUUUCUUUUUCUUUUUUUUUUGUUCUUUUUUCUUUGUUCUUUUUUUCUUUUUGUUUUUUUUUCUUUGUUCUUUUUUUUUUUUUUCUUUUUUUUUUCUUUCUUUUUUUUCUUUGUUUCUUUUUUUUUUUUCUUUUUUCUUUGUUCUUUUUUUUCUUUGUUCUUUUUUUUUUGUUUUUUUCUUUUUUUCUUUUUUUCUUUUUUCUUUUUCUUUUUUUUUCUUUUUUUUUUUUUCUUUCUUUUUUUUUUUUUUUUUUUCUUUUUUUUUUUUCUUUCUUUGUUCUUUUUUUUUUUUUUCUUUCUUUUUUUUUUUUUUUUUCUUUCUUUCUUUUCUUUCUUUCUUUUCUUUUUUUUCUUUUUUUUCUUUUUUUUCUUUUUUUUUUCUUAUUUUCUUUUCUUUCUUUGUUCUUUUUUUUUCUUUCUUUCUUUGUUCUUUUUUUUCUUUCUUUCUUUGUUCUUUUUUUUCUUUCUUUCUUUGUUCUUUUUUUUCUUUCUUUCUUUGUUCUUUUUUUUCUUUCUUUCUUUGUUCUUUUUUUCUUUCUUUCUUUUUCUUUUGUUCUUUUUUCUUUCUUUUUCUUUUUCUUUCUUUUUUUUCUUUUUUUUUUUUUCUUUUUUUUUCUUUCUUUUUUUUUUUUGUUCUUUUUUUCUUUCUUUUUUCUUUUGUUCUUUUUGUUCUUUCUUUCUUUGUUCUUUUUGUUCUUUCUUUCUUUCUUUGUUCUUUUUGUUCUUUCUUUCUUUCUUUGUUCUUUUUGUUCUUUCUUUCUUUCUUUGUUCUUUUUGUUCUUUCUUUCUUUCUUUGUUCUUUUUGUUCUUUCUUUCUUUCUUUGUUCUUUUUGUUCUUUCUUUUUUUCUUUUUUUCUUUUUGUUCUUUCUUUCUUUCUUUUGUUCUUUUUGUUCUUUCUUUUCUUUCUUUGUUCUUUUUUUUUCUUUCUUUCUUUUCUUUUGUUCUUUUUGUUCUUUCUUUCUUUUUUUGUUCUUUUUGUUCUUUUUUUUCUUUCUUUUGUUCUUUUGUUCUUUCUUUCUUUUUCUUUUUGUUCUUUUUUUUACUUUCUUUUUUUCUUUUCUUUCUUUUUGUUUCUUUCUUUCUUUCUUUGUUCUUUUUGUUCUUUUAUUUUCUUUCUUUGUUCUUUUUUGUUUCUUUUUCUUUCUUUCUUUUGUUCUUUUUGUUCUUUCUUUCUUUCUUUUUUGUUCUUUUGUUCUUUCUUUCUUUCUUUUUGUUCUUUUUGUUCUUUCUUUCUUUCUUUGUUCUUUUUUUCUUUUUUCUUUCUUUUUUUGUUCUUUUGUUCUUUUUUCUUUGUUCUUUUUUUUUCUUUCUUUUUUUUUUGUUCUUUUCUUUCUUUUCUUUCUUCUUUUUGUUCUUUCUUUCUUUCUUUUGUUCUUUUUGUUCUUUUUCUUUCUUUCUUUGUUCUUUUUGUUUCUUUUCUUUCUUUUUUUUGUUCUUUUUUAUUCUUUCUUUUCUUUCUUUUGUUCUUUUUUCUUUUGUUUCUUUCUUUUUUCUUUUUUGUUCUUUCUUUCUUUCUUUUUUCUUUUUUCAUUCUUUUUGUUUUUUUUUGUUUCUUUUUCUUUUUUUCUUUUCUUUUCUUUCUUUCUUUUUCUUUUUUUCUUUCUUUCUUUCUUUUGUUCUUUUUGUUCUUUCUUUCUUUUCUUUUGUUUCUUUUUUUUUUUCUUUUCUUUCUUUUCUUUGUUCUUUUUGUUCUUUCUUUCUUUUCUUUUUAUUUCUUUUUUUUCUUUCUUUCUUUUCUUUCUUUUUUUCUUUUUUCUUUUUUCUUUCUUUCUUUCUUUUUGUUCUUUUUUUUUUCUUUCUUUUUUCUUUUCUUUCUUUCUUUCUUUCUUUUUCUUUUUUCUUUUCUUUUCUUUUUUUUCUUUUUAUUCUUUCUUUCUUUCUUUCUUUUCUUUUUCUUUUUUCUUUUUCUUUCUUUGUUCUUUUUUUUUUCUUUUUUCUUUUUCUUUUGUUCUUUCUUUCUUUGUUCUUUUGUUUCUUUCUUUCUUUUCUUUUUCUUUUGUUCUUUCUUUCUUUCUUUUUCUUUUUUUUCUUUCUUUCUUUUGUUCUUUUUUUUUCUUUCUUUCUUUCUUUUGUUCUUUUUUUCUUUUCUUUUGUUCUUUUUCUUUUGUUCUUUUUUUUCUUUCUUUUUUCUUUGUUCUUUUUUCUUUUUUCUUUCUUUUCUUUUUUGUUCUUUCUUUCUUUCUUUGUUCUUUUUUCUUUCUUUCUUUUCUUUUCUUUGUUCUUUUUGUUCUUUUCUUUUUCUUUCUUUGUUCUUUUUUUUUUCUUUCUUUUCUUUCUUUGUUCUUUUUUUACUCUUUUCUUUCUUUCUUUGUUCUUUUUGUUCUUUCUUUUCUUUCUUUUUUGUUCUUUUUUGUUUCUUUCUUUCUUUCUUUGUUCUUUUUGUUUCUUUUUUUUCUUUCUUUUUUCUUCUUUUUGUUCUUUUAUUUCUUUCUUUGUUCUUUUUGUUUCUUUCUUUCUUUCUUUGUUCUUUUGUUUUUCUUUAUUUUCUUUGUUUUUUUUUUAUUCUUUCUUUCUUUCUUUUGUUCUUUUUUAUUUCUUUCUUUUUCUUUCUUUGUUCUUUUUUUUUUUCUUUCUUUCUUUGUUCUUUUUUUGUUCUUUUUUCUUUCUUUGUUUGUUUUGUUUUUUUCUUUUUUCUUUCUUUUUUUCUUUCUUUUCUUUUCUUUUGUUCUUUUGUUCUUUCUUUUUCUUUCUUUCUUUGUUCUUUUUUCCAUUUCUUUUUUUUCUUUCUUUGUUCUUUUUGUUCUUUCUUUCUUUCUUUCUUUCUUUGUUCUUUUUGUUCUUUCUUUCUUUCUUUCUUUCUUUGUUCUUUUUUUCUUUCUUUCUUUCUUUGUUCUUUUUGUUCUUUCUUUCUUUCUUUCUUUGUUCUUUUUGUUCUUUCUUUCUUUCUUUCUUUGUUCUUUUUGUUCUUUCUUUCUUUCUUUCUUUUUUCUUUCUUUCUUUCUUUCUUUUUUUUUUCUUUUCUUUUUCUUUCUUUCUUUUCUUUCUUUUUUUGUUCUUUCUUUCUUUCUUUCUUUUUUUUUCUUUUUUCUUUUCUUUUCUUUGUUCUUUUGUUUUUUUCUUUCUUUUCUUUCUUUUUUUCUUUUUGUUCUUUCUUUCUUUCUUUUCUUUGUUCUUUUUUUUCUUUCUUUCUUUCUUUCUUUGUUCUUUUGUUCUUUUCUUUUUUUUCUUUUCUUUUUCUUUUGUUCUUUCUUUUUUUCUUUCUUUGUUCUUUUUUUUUUUUCUUUCUUUCUUUCUUUUGUUCUUUUUUUCUUUCUUUCUUUCUUUUUUUGUUCUUUUUUUUUUCUUUCUUUUUUUUUCUUUCUUUUUGUUCUUUUUUUUCUUUCUUUUUGUUCUUUCUUUCUUUCUUUUUUCUUUCUUUUUUUUUUCUUUGUUCUUUUUUGUUCUUUCUUUGUUUCUUUCUUUUUGUUUCUUUCUUUUUGUUCUUUCUUUUUUUUCUUUCUUUUUUUCUUCUUUCUUUUUUUUCUUUUUUUUUUCUUUCUUUCUUUUUUUUCUUUUUUUUCUUUCUUUUUGUUCUUUCUUUCUUUUUUUUUGUUUUUUUUCUUUUUUUUCUUUUUGUUCUUUUUGUUUUUUUCUUUUUUUAUUUUUUUUUUGUUCUUUUUUUUUCUUUUUUUUUGUUCUUUUUUUUGUUUUCUUUUUUUUUUCUUUUUUUUUGUUCUUUCUUUUUUGUUUCUUUCUUUUUUUUUCUUUCUUUUUGUUCUUUCUUUUUGUUUCUUUUUUUUUUGUUCUUUCUUUUUGUUCUUUCUUUUUGUUUCUUUCUUUUUUUUUUCUUUCUUUUUUUUCUUUCUUUUUGUUUCUUUCUUUUUUUUCUUUCUUUUUUUUUCUUUCUUUUUUUGUUUCUUUCUUUUUUUCUUUCUUUUGUUUCUUUCUUUUUUUUUUUCUUUUUUUGUUCUUUCUUUUUUUUUCUUUCUUUUUGUUCUUUCUUUUGUUCUUUUUUUUGUUCUUUCUUUUUUGUUCUUUUUUUUGUUUUUUUUUUGUUCUUUUUUUCUUUCUUUUUUUCUUUUUGUUCUUUUUUCUUUCUUUUUUUUUUUUUCUUUUUUUUUUCUUUCUUUUUUUCUUUCUUUCUUUCUUUUUCUUUUUCUUUCUUUCUUUCUUUCUUUUUUUCUUUUUUUUCUUUCUUUUUUUGUUCUUUCUUUUUUUUUGUUUUUUUUUUCUUUUUUGUUCUUUUUUUUUUUUUUGAAGCUUUUUUCAACUAUUCUUUCUUUUUUGUUCUUUCUUUCUUUUUUUUCUUUCUUUCUUUUUUCUUUUCUUUCUUUUUUUUCUUUCUUUUUUUUUUUCUUUCUUUUUUUUUUUUUUCUUUCUUUUUUUUUUCUUUCUUUUUUCUUUUUUCUUUCUUUCUUUUUUUUUUUUCUUUCUUUUCUUUCUUUUGCUUACAUUUAUCACAACUUAAGCUACCAAUUCCACAUUAGUGUGCUCUGGGACAGUAACUUAAUCAUGGUAAACUUUUUUUUUUUUUCUUUCUUAAAUGCUCAUAGGCAUUUUCAACAAAAGUUUAACGGGGGCCAAAUUCAACAAAGUUUAACGGAAAUUCUUUUGGCAAAUGGAGCAAGGUUGGAUACAAGCCUCAGUGAUGCAGAAGGCUUUGAUUUUCCUCUGCUGUUUGCUGUAUUGAUAAAUUGCAAUACUUCACCUGUGUCACCAGAUUUGAUAGAAAAGGUUAUACCUGAUCGACCUGAAGAUUUAAACAAGUUAUUCUACAAGGGACAAAAUGUGUUGUUUCACAGCAUUGAUUAUUUGGUGCCAAAGAAUAUUGUUGAAGUGAUCCUGAAGAAAGGUUGUGCUAGUUUAGUGACUGCUAAAAAUAAGUUUAACUUGAACGCUCGAGAAUAUGCUGCUGAAUGCGAUGCCACUUAUGUUGUGGAAGAAAUAGACAAAGCUGUGUUCCGCUGGUGUUUUGAAGAUGACAACAACACCAACCGUAAAUUACUUGCCCUCCAUGGCUAUCAGUACCUGGUGAUGCCUUUGGAGGUACAUUAUGGAAUACUGUGGGAUAAAUUCUGUGUGGCCUCCAUGUCUUUCUCUUCUCUUUAG